AUGCAAUCUCGUAACAUCGGCAGCAGUACGUGUGACCAAAUCAGUACGUGUGCUGGGUCUGCACAUCAAAAUACUAUUUCUGUUUACCGCACAUGGCUGCUCACCCGCCCACCCACCCACCCGUGUAAAUCAUUGGUAUGGACUGGUCAGAGCUCAAGCGACAGACAAACCGGGAAGCAACUCGAGGAGGAGAAGAAGAAGAAGAGUGAACGCUGCACGGCACCGCUCUCUCUCUCUAUUACGCAUUCAAACCUUGUUCUUGAUUUUCUUUCGUUGUUGUUGUUGCGAAACAAUGUGUUGCUCACGCCAACCCUCGUCACACGCCCCUUUAGACCAAUGCCGAGCUUAAAGUGUCCGCUUCGUUCUACGUCCGACGUCCGCGACUCGACGAGCAUCGGCAAUCCCCUUUGAACCACAAAUCAUCGCAAAACCUCACCGGGGCGGGCGGGCGAGCGGACGGGGGCGGGUGGUGGUGGUGGCGGCGGUGUCCGGACGCGGAACCCGGCGGACUGGAUCGGCCAGCCGUGCUAAUCGGAGGCGCGCGAAGGAAGGACACCGAAGGAAACGCAAACAAUGAGCUGCAAGCGCGUGUGCAUCAUCGGCGCGGGAGCCAGCGGCCUCACUGCCAUCAAGUGCUGCCUGGACGAGAACCUGCAGCCCGUGUGCUUCGAGCGAGAUGACUACAUUGGGGGCCUUUGGAAUUUCAAGGAACAGGUUCCAGAGGGACAGGCGAGCAUCUAUCGCUCCGUGAUCAUCAACACGUCCAAGGAGAUGAUGUGCUACAGCGACUUCCCCAUCCCGGCCAGCUUCCCCAACUUCAUGCACAACUCGCGCAUCGUCGAGUACUUCUGCAUGUACGCCCAGCAGUACCAGCUCGAAAAGUACAUCCGGUACAAGACGUCCGUGAAGAGCGUGAAGCGGCGCGAGGACUUCGACACGUCAGGCCAGUGGGAUGUCACCGUGGUGACGGAGGACGGGACGGAAGAGUCGUCCGUGUUCGAUGCCGUCAUGGUGUGCACCGGCCACCACACGGACCCACACCUGCCCCUCGACUCCUUCCUCGGCAUCGAGAAGUUUGGUGGCCGGUACAUGCACAGCAAAGAGUACAAGGACCACAAGCCGUUCGAAGGCAAGAGGGUGAUGGUGGUCGGGGUCGGUAACUCUGGGCUGGACAUCGCUGUGGAGCUGAGUCGUCACGCCUCCCAGGUGUUUCUGAGCACGCGACGAGGUGCCUGGGUGAUCAACCGCGUGGCGGAAGGUGGGAAACCCUUGGACAUUGCGUACGUUCGGAGGUCGAUGGCUGCCAUCUUCUCGUGGUUGCCCACGGAACUCGUCAACGGGAUUGUCGAGCGACAACUCAACGCUCGCUUCAAUCACAGGGACUACGGCCUGCAGGCCACGCACAGGUACAACGGCCAGCACCCGUCGAUCAACGACGACCUCCCCAACCGCAUCCUCUCGGGCACGCUCACCGUGAAGCCCAACGUGGCGUCCUUCACCGAGUCGGGCGUCGCGUUCGAGGACGGCACGCGGGAGGACAUCGACUCGGUCAUCUUCGCCACGGGCUACACCUUCCGCUACCCGUUCCUCGACACCGGGGAGCCAGGCCUGCUGCCCGUGAAGGGCAACCGGGUGUCGCUCUACAAGUUCGUCUUCCCGCCUCGCCUCGCGAGACCCACGCUCGCCGUCGUAGGCCUCAUCCAGCCGCUCGGGGCCAUCAUGCCCAUCUCGGAGAUGCAGUGCCGCUGGGCUACUCGCAUCUUCAAAGGUCUGGUCGAGUUGCCAAGCAUUGCCGACAUGAUGGAUGACAUCCGCGCGCGGAAGGAGUCAAUGGAGAAGAGGUACGUCGCCAGCCAACGCCACACCAUCCAGGUGGACUACAUCGACUACAUGGACCAGAUCGCCCAGCAGAUCGGGGUGAAGCCCAGCUUCCUGCCGAUGUUCCGGCAGGACCCACGCCUGGCCCUCAAAGUCUUCUUUGGGCCCUGCACGCCGUACCAGUACCGCCUGGUGGGGCCGGGGUGCUGGCCGGGCGCCGCGGAAGCCAUACGCACGCAGUGGGACCGCAUCGUCGCGCCCACGCGUACCCGCUCCAUCGACAGCAGUAACACAGAGCUCUUGCGGCUGCUGAUCAAGAUGCUCAUUUGCCUUCUCGUCGUCGUGGCCGUCGUGGUUCAGUUCUUUUGAAACGCAAAAUCGCUUCCCGUCUCGGGAGUCAGCCCUGCGAAAGUCGGCUGAUAAUAGGAGACCGAUCGUAUCGCAGCUGUAAUCGAUUUGUUGAAAGAUUGUUGACCGAUUCAAGUCCGAGAACCGACAGUGGCGUGCGGAUAAGCGAUGUCCUGGAAAAAUGUUAACACCAACAAAAAGGUCUUUUCUAACAAAAAACAUUUGGAGAGAAACAAUAUUGCAUGGAGUGGUUGGUUAUGAUUUAUCACCAGAAACACCUAUUGCAAUAAUUUACAAUAUAACAAAAAAAUCAUCAUCAUGCUAUCAGUGCUUUAUUGACAUGUUAUAUUCAUUACCAUACCACUAGGGAGAUAACUGGAACCUCGGUCCACACUUUCCAUAGGAAUGUGGGAUUACCAGCACCGACUCUGGGCUGCAAAAAUAACUUUGGCAGAUUCUUAUGUGUGUCGGAAUUAAUGUAAAUGCCACUUAUACAGUGCUGGACUUUGUUAGUCUUGCAACAAUGAUUUACGUAAUCAAAAUAUAAAAAUGGAUUCGGGUUAGUAUCAAUUGUGAAGUAUACUGCAGGUGUUGGGGUAAGGAAUAUCGGUAUGUGAAUGUGUAUGUGAAGAUCGUCUUAUUUUGGAUUUCUUUGGUUUGGGACAGUUUACAUUUUUGAUGACCAAUUGUAAUUUUUUCACAAAUAUAAACACAUUUUAUAUGGUAAUACAUACAAAUCAGUAUUUAAAAAUCGUUGAAUUGCAGUACUAUUAUGUAUUGUUUUAAUGGGAAAAAUAACAAUAACUAAUUUAAAAAAAUUUGCUAUUAAAAACGUGAAUUAAUAUAUUUCGUCACUUUCCCCAAUUUCAUCCUGAAUGCCAUCACCAUCAUGUCAUGAGAUGCAAAAUCCACCAGAACUCUCAAGAGCACUGCGGAAGCAGCUGCCGAAGAACUACUGCCGAGAUUUCUUCAAGUGACCUCUUAUCCACAACUUUACGACACCAUUGUAUUGACAGUUAAAUAAAUUAUUUUAAUUAUU